GAACUCCUGAUCUUGCUAGGAUUACAGAUGUUUGGCCUCCUCGAAUGGUGGAGUUUUCUGUUUUUAUCCCUCUUUGGUUCUGGAGGUAUAUCUGAAUUUGGGGCCGCACGCUAGCACUCUCCUGAUGUGAAAUCCUUCCAGCUCUUGGUUUGUAAUCAUACACUGAACAAAAUGUUAUUUGAAAGGACCUUGUGAUUACUUAAUACGGUGAAUAAACUCACCUUGUUUUAUUUGCUCGUUUUACUUCUUGUGAAAGUUAGCCGCCCUUCGUUUUCACACAGUUCUAGUAAACUGGAUGAAAUGUGGCAACUGUGGUGAGAUUUCAGAGAAGUGGCAAUAUAUCCGGCUGAUGGACAGUGUGGCGCUGAAAGGAGGCCGAGGCAGUGCUUCCAUGGUCCAGAAGUGCAAGCUGUGUGCACGGGAGAACUCUAUUGAAAUUCUGAGCAGCACCAUCAAGUCUUACAAUGCAGAAGACAACGAGAAGUUCAAGACAAUAGUAGAGUUUGAGUGCCGGGGCCUUGAACCAGUUGACUUCCAGCCCCAGGCUGGGUUUGCUGCUGAAGGAGUGGAGUCAGGGACAGUCUUCAGUGACAUCAAUCUGCAAGAAAAGGACUGGACAGACUAUGAUGAGAAGACUCAGGAGUCUGUGGGGAUCUUUGAGGUCACCCAUCAGUUUGUGAAGUGCUGAACUGUCUGCCUGCACACCUGCCUGUAAGAACAGAGACAGAGCUCCCUGAGCAGCAGUUCCCAUGGAGGCUUCUAGCUCUGCUUUCCCAGCACCUGUACCAAGCCCUCACAGUCUGCAUGCCAAGGCUAGCCACAGUUCUGAGUCCCACCAAUAAAGCCCCAGUUGGUGCCGCAGUGGUAUGUGAAGGUGGUCUGAGCAGUACUUCUCCACAGAUAAGAAUGAAUUCCGGAGGCCUUUACUUUCUAAUCCUACUCUGUACCGGAUCCAGUUUGCGCACAGCUUAAAUAAAGUCUCUCCAGCGCUUAAGAAAUAGGCAGGCCAGCCUACAUGAUCAAAGGCGUGAGAGCAGUGGCACAAAGGCAGAGAAGCCUAUGGAGUGCUGCUGUGAACCCAGUAGCUCGAGCACCAUGGUUCUCCAGUGAACCCAGGUAUCUAUUAGCUGCUCAUUUCACACCCAGAGUCCACUCCAGAGACCAGCAGCCCACCGCUGGCCCAUUCUGUCCACGUCACAAAAUCCCUGGCUGAUGGCUCUGUUCACUUGCUGUGAUAGAGUACUUCCUGUCAGAGUCAACAUCAAAGUCUUUCGUGUGUGAUCAGCCUCUGCGUCCCCUGAAGCACCUCUUCCUGGUCCCAACUUAUCUCCUGUUCUGCUUCCAGCCAGCUCUCGGAGAGAAGACUGCAAUCAUGGCCCAUUGAGUCUCGUGGAACUGAAGAUCCCCACACAGCAGACAGAGCUGUGAGUGCAGUGCUAGGCAAUGAGUAUGCUGUGCCUUCAUACUUGGGGAACCACCAUUUGGAAAAACUGUUUCCACAUUUCUCCAGUACUCUACUGGAGAAAAGAAAGAUUGUAUUUUUAAUUGUGCAUACUUGUGUGUAUUUAUGUGUAGGUAUGUGGGCGUGAAUACUGGUACCCUUGGGGACCAAAAGAGGAUGUCAUGUCCCUUAGAGCUGGAGUUACAGGCUAUUGUGACCCACCCAUUGUGGAUCCUAGGAACCAACUCGGGUCUUCUGCAAGAGCAUUGUGUGCUCUUAACUGCUGAGCCAUCUCCUCUGUAGCCCAUGGUUUCCCACUUCUGAUAGUAGAAAAGGGCCUGCCGUCCCCAGGCUGGUUGAGAGGGUCUAACAGGGAGUUGGCAAACUGGCCACAUCUAAGAAAGGUAGGAAGGUACCUGCCUGCUUUUCCUCCCUUCUAGUCUGUCAACCAUGUUGUGUAUACUAAGCCCCCUGGAGAAGUUUGGUCUGGGUCUUCCAGUCCCAUGGGGGUGUCUAAAGAGAGACCUGGGGAGAGGGAGAGGAAGGAGGAGGGAUGUGCCACGGGAAGGUGGUUCGUGAGUGCACAGCCAGGAGGCCCACCUGUUGGAGUAGGAGUGACCCAGGCAGAACAUGCAAGUGAGACCUCGGGGUGGCUGACCAGCAUAGAGGGGUUGGCAUCUGCCCAGCUCUAAUGAUUUAAAGCUUAUUAGAGUGUAAAGGCCUUGUGUCUUUUAUUUGGGAACUAAAUGAUCCAAGGUGAAGUAGAAACCCCUAAUAUUUACUGCAACAGCCCUGUUUCUUGCUUCCUGGGUGCUUCUGUAACUGAGCCUUCCUCAAGGCUGUCUCUCACCCACUAGGCCCAGCCAGUCCACCCCAGAAGCAAGCCGGUGCUCUGGACUUGGGAAGUAGCUUUUCUUGUUUCUAGACUCUUCAGCCAGUGUGUAUUAAGUUCAUGAAAUCACUCUUGGUUGAAGAAGUAGUCAUCAAGAAAUCAAAUAGAUUAUCCAGACAGGAAACACUCAAUACCUAUUUAACCAAAACAGCAACAAAGAAGCCCUUGACAGACCAAGACUUAGGAGAAAGCCAAGAGCAGUGCUGUGUUUAUGAGUGAGGAAAGGGGGUGGUGAGGACUCCCCAUCACUGCUUCUGUUGUUUUGCUGGGUCCCACCAGUGUGAUAAGAGAAAAAAGGAUGAAAAGAGGAAAGAACGAAGAAAGUUCAGCAGAGUUCAGAGGUGCUGUUAGAUUUAAGAUCUGUGAGGAAUCAAGGGCAUUUCAAUUAAUUGACAAGCAGAAACUCAAGAAAAGAUGCCUUUUAUAGUAGCAGCCUAGGGUGGGGUGUCUCUCAGGGACAGAGCACUUACAGAGCAUGGGAGACUCCAGGAUCACAAAGAAAUAUAACAGCGAGAAAACGUACCCGCUUCCCCAAACUAACAAGGGUUUAAUCUCAAAGAAAUCUAUAACUGGAGAAUACUAGUAAGUUUCACUAAAAGUCAUGAAAGACCUAUGUUAUUACAGAUAGACAAUGUUCAACCAGACACCCAUUUUCAAAAACUUUAUAAAUUUAAUUGAAAUUGCAA